AUGAGCAUUAUCCCGACUCAGAUGCGGGACCUUGCACUUGGCCUUGUUGAACCUUGGGAGGUUUACCUGGGCCCACUUAUCCGGGUUGUCCAGUGUGUCCCAAGUAAUUUAGAAAUAUAUUUGGCUGUUCUUAUGUUGACUAAGUCUGUUUAUCGAAAUGAAAUUCUUCUGUUUGUUACAGUGCCCUCACCAGAGCAGAUUGUAAUAACAUCUGAAAACUUCAAAACUGUUGCGCAUUGGCAGUACCCUCCUAUGUCUGAAACUCCUCAUUUUAUUGUGGAGAUCAAACCUUACAAUUCAGGUCGCUAUAAGAACGUAUCGGCUUGUGUGAACACUGCAGCUCACUUUUGUGAUCUCACAAGGGAAAUAGGUGGUGCUUUUGAGUCUCACUGGCUUCAAGUUAAAGCUGUUGUUGGGUCACAACAGUCUCAGUACGUUGAGACAAAUGAGUUUAUUUUGCAAAAGCAUGGAAAAAUAGGACCACCAAAACUGAAUCUCUGGAGGCACGAUGAUGAAAUCAUGGUUGAUAUUUACCAUCCUGCAUUCCCAUCUGAAAAGCUUCUUCCUUGGAUCAGAGAUGUUUAUCCAAAGCUCAUGUACUGGGUGACUUUUUGGGAUAGUAAAAAUCAGAGUAAAGAAGAGUUUCCUGAAGACAACUGUACGAAUUACACAUGUAGCCUUGAGAUCCCAAUUCCUGCUGAAGGUUCCACUUACUGUGUCUCAGCAAAGGCAAGCUUGUAUAAUGACCUGAUGAUUGGCGCCCCAUCAGAAGAAAGCUGCAUUCAUGUUCCUCUCAAGCAGACACUCAGCACACAAACUAUCAUCGUUCUGUGUGUUGUUACUCCGAUCCUGAUUCUGAUGUUGGUAGUAUGUUUUGGCUGCAAGAAACUAAGGAGGAGCAACAUAAAGCUGCCUAAAUCUUUGGUCAGUGUGAUGAUAAACCUGAACACGGAGAGCAUUCUAGAACCAAAAUCAGCAGCAAAAUAUGUAUCUGUAAUAAGCUCUAUGCAGUCGGCACUGCCAGUGAAUGGUGAAGUAAACUUGCUGCAGGCAGAAGAAAAAGAAGAAACAGUUAAUCCUGAGAAUUCCAGGGAAGGAGCAUCUUCUGUGUGUCUUCCAGAGGCAUCAGCUAAACCAGAAGAGGUGUCUGUGGAGGAAAGCAUGGAGAACAUACCUUCUGUUGAUGACCAGAAUCAUCAAGUAAAAGAGAGUUACUUUAUUUCUGACAGCAGCCAAAUGGAUCUAUAUGGUAGCUCUUCAGGUUCAGAGACUUCUGAUGCAGAAAUACAACAAACAAGCAGCUGUGUCAAGUUUUCUGGCUAUGACAAGCCUCACGUUCCAUUAAAUAUGCUAAUAGAUAUUGGUGAAGAACAGCCUGUGAUUGCUUACAGGCCAACUGACCAGGAUAGAUGAAGUGUUCAACCAGAACUGGGGAGGAACAGCAUUAUGGAAGGUUAUGGGAAGUCUGGGUUACGUUGUGACCAUGUACAAAUUUGUACUUGCUCUGAUCCAAACAAAGUAACCAGUACACAAUUUAGUACAGUGGGAUCCUGAAAUGGGACUGAAAGUAGUGCCUCAGAACUGCAUAAAAAGUGGGGAGAAAUUUCAUAAUAAUGAC